AUGUCGAGCAACAGUAUCAACAGCAGCCUCAACAGCGGCCUCAUCAGCAGCAGCAGCAGCAGCAGCAGCAACGACCCACUCACCAGCGCCGACUACGGCGACGUCGCGCUGCUCCACGUGAAGCUCGUGGCGCAAGUCUUGUCGACGCUCCUGAGCGCCUUUGUCGGCUCGCAGCACGUGGUCCAGGCCCUGGCGCUCAAGAAACAGACGCGCACGCGUCGCGACCUUGAGACGCCUGUGCUGGCAGCGGCCGCCGCGCACGAGCAGCUCCCGCGACACGCAGCAGGAGAGCGCAACACGCGCGACGCGCCGCUGACGAGUCACCCGAGCGGUCCGACGGCCGCCACGACGCGCUCGAACGCGUCCGAAGACUUCAGACACGCGUACCAGGCAUCGCAGCUGACGCGGGAGCGAGAGACCGCGCUGUUUGUACCCAUUGGCGCCUUUGAACUGACGAUGGACGAGGGUGACGACGGCCGCCCGCGCGUCUCGGUCGCGUCCCGGAUCUUGCGCGUCAUGUGCAUCACGGACUUUAUCUUUUCCCUGUCGGGCGCAGUCGUGACGGCGGUGGAGCUCUGGGCCCCGCAAGCCGGUCGAAGUUUUCAAUUGAUUUUCUGGGCCCAAGCACCGCACUGGUGCUCGCAAGUCGCGAGUUUCUGCUGGGUAGCGACACUGGCGAUGUACAUUGCAAAGCACCGGAAUCGAGCGAGCUUUGAUGUGGCCAUUGCACACGCGAUUAUCUGGAUGGUCGUGGUGUUCUAUUGGGUGCUGGAGCUCUACACGAGUUACUACGAGACAAAAGGAUUUGUGAAUGCUGCCAAAGUCAUUUGGAAAGUGAUUGCAGUUGGAUGCUUUAUGAUCAUCACGUGUAGCUGGCUAAACUUUGCACGACGUUGGAUGCAACAAGAGCGACGCAAAGGAGCGUAUGUCGUGUCCAAGCUGGCGUCGUAUACAUUAGCGUUCUUUAUCCUUGUUGGGCCUAUUGUCGUUACAGAUCUGGUUCUCGGGUUGCACAGCUACGGGAUCGUGAUGGACGCGUGCUCGAUAAGUUUGGCUUUGUGGCCGUUUGUGAAUGCUGUGAUUUACCUCACAAGGCCUACUUUGUGCCUGAAGAUCUUUCAGGAAAAGUCAACACAGGGGCUGCGCGGGCCGUACAACUCGGCUGACGGACAGCUCGGUAGAAACGGGAGCCGACGGUUGGUAAGUGCAGGAGGAACUGGAGCUGCAGGCGUAUCGAAUGGCACAGCGGGUGGAAACACCGGUGACUCUAACCAGAAGCUGCUGAUGUCGCCGUCGCAUAACGAGCUAAAGGGCUUGGAGAUUGGUGAAAAGAUUGGCGAAGGUGUGGCUGUGGUUUACCUCGGCAAGUGGCGUGGUGCGAAUGUUGCUGUCAAGAUGAAAGCAGUUCUAGCGGCGCUAGAAAGUGCUGCUGAUUUGGUCGAAUUUCAGCAUGCCUGUAACGUGGAGAUUCAAGCUGAAGCAGAAGUGAUGCGCGGUCUGUGCCAUCCGAACAUUGUGCUCUUUAUGGAAGCAGGAUUUUAUCGCGGCUCGAUCUGUAUCGUCUCAGAGUAUUGCGCUCGCGGUUCGCUGCGUGAUGUACUCCAACAGCAGACACCAGAUGUUAAGAAUCUGAGUUGGCCAACAAAGCUUCGCCUCGCGCUGGGAAUCUCGCAUGGUAUCCAGUACUUGCAUAAUGCGAACCCGCCCAUGAUCCAUCGAGACUUGAAGUCUCCGAACGUGCUAGUGGACGACUCGUGGCACGCCAAGAUCGCGGAUUUCGGAACUCUCCGCUUCUCAGAGAUCGUGUCAUCGGCUGCGCAACUUCAGGCAUCUCAGGUACACAUAAGAAACUCAUCGAAAGCACCAUUGGUGGAAAUGACAGGUCUUGUGGGUACGACGCGCUGGAUGGCGCCUGAGGUUAUGCGAGGGGAACGCAUCUACACUAGUAAGGUGGAUAUCUACAGCCUGGCGCUCAUCUUGUGGGAGCUUAUUGAGGGAAAGCUGCCGUUCGAUAAUACACGGUGGAAUCACGAGGUGGAGGAUUACGUGCUGAAAGGUGUCCGACCUAACAUUCGCUCUGACAUGUGUCCACUGCGCUGGAAACUGCUGAUCGUAACGUGCUGGCAAGCAGAUCCGCGAGAGCGCCCCACAAUUCAGCAAGUCAUCAACAGCCUGCAGCGCAUAGGACGCGAAGAAGUGUGGGAUCCCACCGGUCCUCGGUUUACAGGUGUUAGUCAGCUGGGCAUGUCGCUGUCGUCUUCCAUUUCGCACUCGAUGUCCUAUUCAUCUCACUCGGACUCCAUGCAUGCAACUGGACCGGUUGGCGGCUUCGAUCGACGCAACUUCCCUGCUGCACUCGACGAAAAUCACGCGAGUGAAUCCGACUCGGGCGCUGCGAGUUUUGUGGGGGAGUUCUCUUAUGUGCCGACGCUCGAUGCGCUCGUAUCUCCAGCCAUACUCGGUGUUUCAGGCGGCGAUCACUCCAAGAGCACGAAGGCAUCGCAGUCUCGGUCGCGUCUUGGCUCCAUGGAGACUUCUGCUAGCAAUCGAUGGAGCAUGGUGAGCACAAGCAGCAGCACAGUAAGCAUGGGUGCGAACGAUAGCGGCUUCUACGGUUCAAGCAGCGGUUCGUCCAGCAAUACUGACCCCAGCGCGAGCUCUUGUAGCAUGGGCACUCUCCGUGGCAGUGCGAGCUCCUCAGUGCGUAGCAGGUCGUCGGGGGCGUCACAAACAUCCAAGUCGAAAAAGAAGCGACCGGAGUGGCGACGUCGGACCGACACCAUCCAGGAGACGCAGCUUACGGAUCUCCCCAAUGCAUCGUUGCACACGCUCGUCGAGUCCUCGCCCGAUGGAACUCCGUUUAUCGUCAAUAUUUAA